GGUUUGACCGCUAAUCCAGGAUGUAAGUGUGUCGUAUAGUACGUGCAACUGGCAAAGAUGUUUACAAUAAAUAUGUUCGGCAUUUUAUUUUUAGUUACAGUGACCAUGAGCGAAACGACUAGAUGAAAGCCGUAGACGUUUAUAUCUCGUUUUGAUUGCACUGUGCACGAGCAGUGGGGAUUGAAUGGUCACUGAUUGCUGUCCUCGGUGGGGAUUGCAGUUUGGCCUGUCAGACUGCUCCUAUUACAAGAAUGUUUAUUUCAUAAAGAUGACAACGAGAGGCACCUCAUAAACUAAAUGACUGUCAGAAAUAUCGCCUCCAUUUGUAAUAUGGGCACCAAUGCCUCUGCUCUGGAGAAAGACAUUGGUCCAGAGCAGUUUCCCAUUAAUGAACACUACUUUGGAUUGGUCAAUUUUGGAAACACGUGUUACUGUAACUCAGUGUUGCAGGCUCUGUAUUUCUGCCGGCCGUUCAGGGAGAAUGUGUUGGCGUAUAAAGUCCAGCAGAAGAAGAAGGAAAACCUUCUCACGUGUCUGGCCGAUCUCUUCCAUAGCAUCGCCACGCAGAAGAAAAAGGUUGGGGUGAUCCCUCCUAAGAAGUUCAUCUCACGUCUGCGGAAGGAGAACGACCUGUUUGAUAACUACAUGCAACAGGACGCGCAUGAGUUCCUGAACUACCUGCUGAAUACGGUGGCUGACAUCCUGCAAGAAGAGAAGAAACAGGAGAAACAGAACGGACGGCUGAAGAACAAUGGCACUGCCAUCGCCACGGAAACCGAGCCAGAACCGAACAAGGCCGAGCCCACCUGGGUUUACGAUAUCUUCCAGGGCACGCUGACCAAUGAGACGCGCUGUCUCAACUGUGAGACGGUCAGUAGCAAAGACGAAGACUUCUUGGAUUUGUCUGUAGAUGUUGAGCAGAACACUUCAAUAACACACUGUCUCAGGGACUUCAGUAAUACAGAGACCCUGUGCAGUGAGUAUAAAUACUACUGUGAGACGUGCUGUAGCAAACAAGAGGCACAGAAACGCAUGCGUGUAAAGAAGCUUCCUAUGAUUUUGGCUCUUCAUUUAAAGCGGUUUAAGUACAUGGAGCAGCUGCAUCGCUACACUAAACUGAGCUAUCGGGUGGUGUUUCCACUGGAGCUCCGCCUCUUCAACACCUCCGUAGAUGCCGUCAACCUCGACCGCAUGUACGACCUCGUCGCUGUGGUGGUCCACUGCGGCAGUGGACCAAACAGAGGGCAUUACAUCACCAUUGUCAAGAGUCAUGGCUUCUGGUUGCUGUUUGAUGAUGACAUCGUGGAGAAAAUUGAUGCACAGGCAAUAGAAGAGUUCUACGGUUUGACCUCUGACAUCUCCAAGAACUCUGAGUCAGGAUACAUCCUGUUCUAUCAAUCCAGAGAAUGAAGGAACCAAGCGGGAAAUCGAUUAAAGGAGGAAAAGAGAGCAUCAAAAGGAAAGGGGCAUAUGUGACAAAUUCCUUUCUCAUAUCCCUUCUCCUUUGCUCAUCUCACACUCAGGGUCUCCAGCUUAUACUGGGUGCCAAAAGCCCUCUGUAAUUUGCCAAUAUGACAUUUUCCAGAAUUCCCUUUUCCUGUUGCAUUCUGGGAAAUAUACAUCUUUGAAUCUGACCCCAAGUCAGUCACCUGCAUCUGGAAGGCACUUUAUAAACAAAAACAACAAUAACACAAAAGUAACACGUAACCACAACCACAAUAUUUAACUACAGUACUUGUUGAAACUUGAAGGAAUUAAACGCUACAACAGGAGCAAAGCAAAAGCGCUUUCAGAUAGUUCAGUGCCCAGGAAAGUGCCUCUCAUCCUAGGUACACGAAACAAAGGAAGAUGGUUUCUUUCUGGAUCCCUGACGCACAUCCUUCGGUUUUGAAACACCUUCAGUAGCUGACACAUCUUUAUCAGCCGAUGGGCUGUAUGCACUGUGUGCUUGGUUUGGAUUUAAGUAUGUUGUGGGAAUUGUUGACUGGGAGCGUGUUAUGUGAGUGAAUGUUUAGCGAGUGUAUUUGUUUCGCAGAGAUUCAAUAGUAUGUGUGUGUGUGAGAGUUUGGACAGUAAACGCAGAAUGCUGCUCUCCAAUGACUUCACAAAGAAAUAGACCGUGCAACCAAUUAGAGAGUUUGAAGUGACUGAAGUUUUUGCCUCACAUCUUUUCAAAGAAGAGUCCAAUUGAAGGCUUGUUCUCUUCCGGUAACAAUGAGAAAGCUCAUUGUUGUCCAAAUGCUGCUUCUCUCUCCUACAGGCUUUCAUUCUUAUCUAACACUGUUGUUAUCUAACUUCCAUUGUAGGUAAUAGCCUUACAUUGAAGUGUGCUUUAGUAACCCCGCAGUUGGCUCUGGUUGAGGUUUUUCUGGUUCAGUCUAGCUCUGUUCUUGUCUUGCGUGCUGAAAUCUGCCCGUAGCCAAACUGGCUUCCCAGCCUGCUUCUAUUGGGUUUAGUUAUGGGUGAUGUCAUUGAGUCGACAACUUCAGUUCAAGUUCAUCAUCCUUGAUAAAUAAGAAUACAGUAGAAUUAAAUGAUUAUUUUUGUUGAAACCUAGUGUAUGUACAUGUUUGUGUUGGUUGGCCAGAUGGCUGUUCAAAUCGUUUGAUAGACACAAGGUUUGUGUUUAUUUUCACAUUACUAAUAUAUAGUGUACAUCUCUUUAAAGGAGUAGUUCACCCAAAAAUAAAACUUGUUGUAUUUAAUCACCCUCAUGCCAUCCUAGAUGUUAUAUGACUUUCAUUCUUCAGUUGAACACAAACAAAUAAUUGUAUAUUUAAAUGCUAUCAUGAUAUCUUAAAUGGCGGUCAAAAUGGUCCAUCAUCUCUCAAUCCUUAAUAAAAAUGAUGAUAAAUGAAAAUUCUGUCAUCAUUCACUUGCCCUCAAAUGGUUCCAAAACGGUAAAGAAGUACUUGUUUUGUUGAACACAAAGAUAUUUUCAAAAAUGUGAAAAGCUAAUCAGUUCUGGGGCACCGUUGACUACCAUAGUAGCAGUCAAUAGUUCCCUAGGACCAUUUUGUUACAAACAUUCUUCCAAAUGUCUUUCUCUGUUUAAUCGGAACAAUGGCAUUUACACAGAAUUUAAAUUUUUGGGUGAACUAUCCUUUUAAAGUAAUCCACAUAACUUUAGUUGUAGGGCUGCUCGAUUAUAACAAAAAUCAUAAUCCCGAUUAUUUCGGCCAAUAUUGAGAUCCCAAUUAUUUAACACGAUUACUCGUUAACUUUUAAAACAACACAGAAAAAUAAAAAAACUUGGCAUUUAAACUGUAAAUUCAACUGAAAAAUAAAUGUGAAGAAAUAGCACAGCUAAACCGCUGUAAAGGAAAGAGAUGCGCUGUGGAUAUAUACCACAAGAAAAGAGGAUUCUUGCCAAAUGAAAUGCGGCACAAUAAUCGUUUUACCUCGAUUAUUUCGUUUUUGUUAUCGCUGAAGGCCAAAAUUGACGGUUACGAUUAAUUUUCGAUUAAUUGCACAGCCCUAUUUAGUUGGUUAAUAAAUGUCUUCUGAUACGUUUGUAAGAGAAAAUUAUGAACAUUUUGUUUAGCGAAAUUGCAAAAUGUAAACAAAUAUUUCGACAGAUUUUCGAUGACUAGUCAUGAGAUGGGAGAACUAAUGAGAUUUAAAGUGAUCAAUGUGCUGCCAUAUUUGUAUUACUAUAAAAUUCUUUUUUUUUUUAACGAAAGUCAUUUAUAUUUGGGAUGAAAUGAGAGUGAGUAAACGAUGAAAAACAAAUUUGGGGUGAACUAUUCCUUUAACGUGACAUCAGAUUUUGUCAUUGCUUUAUUGGAGAGACUUGAAAUGGAACAGCAGGAGGCAUGACAUUACCGUAAUGCAGACAGUAAACCACAGCUUUGGAUUUCAUAACAGGAUGCGCUAAAACAUGACCGUUGAGAUAAGAACGCGCACAAUUAUUUAAACAUUGUGAUAGGGAUGGCAUUUAUUUGAAAGGGCUUUUACUAUUGAAGCGUAUUUUAUUGUCAGGAGGAACUAUGAAUAAUUUGAUUCGAGGAGACAGGUCUACAGCCUGAUAAGAAGGGAAAAGCUCUUUAAGGUGCAAUACAGGGAAACAAUGAACAUUCCGCACUAUGAUGGUCUUAUUUUAAUUGUAUUCAUUGUUUUAAUACACUAGCAACCGAUUUGUAUAUUUAGGUGUAUGCUUGGGGAAUAUGAGGUAUGUAUCAUUUUUAUCUCUUAGAAAUAAAAUGGUUUACCAGAAACAUGGUACUCUGAGGAAAUCUAUUCAAGAUACAUUCAGCAUUCAGAUAUUUCAGCAGGGUAAUAAUCGUUUGAGGAUGACAUCUGUAGAGCUCCUUUUAGAUCUGUACUACCAAUGACUUCAUACUCAUCAAGCACAUUGUUUAUUAUAUCAAAUGUGUAACUAUGUUGAACUACUACUUGCAAUAUAGUGUAUGAACACUGUGUAACAACACAAUGUAAGACUGACUAUGCAGUGUUAUUUGUCCUGAAGCUAAACAGAUGCUGACCAAGUUUGGGUGGUAGUUCUUUUAUUUGCAUUGUUUUGCUUCUUUUUUAAAGUGGCCGUGUAGAGGAAGUUUGUGGGUGUGUUUGUGUGGUUUUAUUGGUUCUACGACCACAUUUCACUCCCCUUGAUCAUAUUUUUGUGAAGUUCUGUUGAUAUGCAAGUUAUCAAAAUUAACAAUAAUAUGCCAAAAUAAUAGGAAACGUCACACUUUAUCCGUCUAACUGGAUCACAAAAGAGAGAAAUAGUUUUAGUGUACUUAUGUGUCAUGAAAUUGUACAUAAAUAAUAAGUCGACAUAUUUGUUAGGAGGAAAUUAUAUUUUUGAAAAGGUAGAUGAUUAUAUAAAAAAGCACCUAUUUGCAUGGGGAGAAAUGAAGAAUCGUCAUGCUUUCAUUCGGGUCCAUUAUGGCGACCUGGGUCAUUUGAAGUUAGUUAUGUAAAGUAGCCUAUGAAUUCAAUGGUUUGUGCUCACGUAUGAAGUGAGAAGUACUGUAACUGCUUCAUACUGUGGAUUGAAUCCCCACACACAUUCAUGAACAUCUCGAGACAUCGUGUGGAAUCUUAACACCGUUAUUACAAUGACCUUGUAUGCAAAACACACCUGUCUGUUUUGUCCCGUUUUAAUGAGAGUCUGUAUUUUUUAGGUCCAGAAAAGAGAUGUAAAAUGUAUGCGUGUCUGAGUGAGAUAUACCAGGACUCGAACUCUAAUGGAAAGUGUGAUAACUGUAAGUGCACUUUAUCAUAGCAGAACCAAAAAGGUUUCUCGUGGGAACUGAAAUCCUGAGAUUCUUUUGGUUUAUUUCCUCUCCUUAAUAAAUAAAAGGCAACUUGA